AUGAACACGACGGGAGCUCCUGGUCCAUCUCAAAUGAAAAUCCAAUUUCCAAAAGAGCUGGUGGAGUUUACCGGGAAGGAGGGAAAGAGAGAGAGAGAAGAAGAGGAAGAAGGAGAAGAAGAAGAAGAGAAAAGGGGCGAAGAAAACAAGGACCAAAAACCGUCUUGUGAAGAUGAGAUGUGGGAAGAGCGUUUCGAAUCCUGA